UAUUCUCAUCCUUCGCCGCCCUCUCUCUUCUCCAUUAUAAAUACCUCCUCCAUUAUCGGUGUCGAAUUUUUCUCCACCGUUAUUCUCUCUCCUAAAUUGCCAUUUUCGUUCUCUCUUCUUUCAUCUUUACUCUUAUUCAGGGAGUCAAUAUUCUUCCUUUAAACCCUAAAAUCUCUCAUUAAUGGCUGAUCAAUCUUCAGAAAAAACCCUAGAUUCUACUGUUUCUUCAUCCGAUCAACCUCAAUCCACUGAUUCUCCUGUGAUUGAAGCCGAUUCUUCUGGUUCGUUGUCGCGGAACUCGUCUUUCAGCAAGCUCAAUGCUCAAGCGCCUGAGUUCGUUCCGAAGAAGACGAAUCUUCCAUCACCGACUUCAAUAACUGCCGGUGAUCCUAGGGUUUUGAUUGUACCUCCCCCGCCUACUCCGCCGCCCGCAAUGGUUCAUGUGUAUCCUCCCCCGCCUCCUCCGCAGGUCAACUCGCCGUUUCCGGUUAUGCCUUUGCCUCACAUGAAUCACCAUCAUCAUCACCAUCCGCAUCAUCAUCAUCAUCAGCAGAAUUAUCAUGAUCAUCAUAAUAAUCAUCGGAAUGAUUCUCAUCGGAAUCAUCAUCAUAAGCAUCAUCAUCAAUCACAGUUUCAUGGUGGAAGUAAUGGGGAGCAGCAGGAGGGAGUGGGUCAAGGGUCUAAUCAGCAAGAUAAGGAUCAAGGGCAGGGUAAUAAUGGAGGGUCCAGGAAUAUUAAUGGCUUGUCUGAAGAAUCUACUCAGAAACUUAUUAAUCAGGUGGAGUAUUACUUCAGUGAUGUUAACUUGGCUACUACUGAUCAUUUAAUUAAGUUUAUCAACAAGGAUCCCGAAGGAUUUGUGCCGAUUUCGGUGGUUGCAUCUUUUAAGAAGAUCAAGGCCCUUAUAAGUAGUAAUUCUCAGCUUGCAGCUGUAUUAAGAAACUCAACAAAGCUUGUAGUUAGUGAAGAUGGGAAGAAGGUGAAGCGUGUGCAUUCUCUUAGUGGGUCUGACAUGGAAGAGCUACAAGCUCGUAUAAUCGUGGCUGAAAACUUACCUGAGGAUCAUUGUCACCAAAAUCUCAUGAAGGUUUUCUCAACUGUGGGGAGUGUGAAGAGUAUUCGUACCUGUCAGCCUCAACCUUCCAAUAAUGGUGCUUCUUCAGCAUCUAGGCAAUCAAAAGCUGAUAAUGGAAUCUAUUCUAAUAAGCUGCACGCUUUUGUGGAAUAUGAAUCGAUUGAGCUUGCAGAGAAAGCGAUUUCUGAGCUGAAUCAAGAGGGUGACUGGAGGAAUGGCUUAAGAGUUCGUCCUCUACUGAAACAUGGGUCUAAGACUGUACAAACACGAGGGAAGAAAUCUGGAAAUGAAGGUGAAGUGACAUGUGAUGAAGAGGAUACAUCCACUUCUGAGCUUAAGCAGAAUGAGAAACAUUCAGAAGAUCCUUCAGGACAGCCUGAUAUUGUCUCUCAUGACCAUACGGAGGAGCAAAGUGUGGAAAAAGAGGGCGGCCAGAAAAAGAGCCGUAAUCGGGGCCGUGGAAAGGGUCGUGGAAGGGGCCACCAUAAUCAUCAACAAAAUAACAGGAUGCAUCACGUGGGAUCGCCCCCUGUCAUUAAUGUGAUCAACGGCGAGCAUCCUAUAGUAGCAAAGCAGCAGCCUCCUGGCCCUCGUAUGCCUGAUGGAACGAGAGGGUUUUCCAUGGGCAGAGGGAGGCCAGUUGCUGUAAAUACAGCAGCUUAAAUAAAAGCAACCUGCCCCACAUUUGGUUGCCAAGUUCUCUGCAUUGUGUUUUCUUCUUUUGUCAGUGUGUGGCUGUGUGCUGAGUGCUGAUUGCUGAUUACUUGAAGCUUGUGAGGGAGAGUUUUGCCACGUUCCUUUUGGGUUCAUUGCAAGAUUCUACAGCAAGCUGUUAAGUUUGGCUUUUAAUCCUUUGUUGUGCUUUGAGUGUCAUAUGAUUCUCAGCAAAGAUGUUAUCGAAAAAUGUGUUGUGCCUAUUUGUUCUUAUAAAUCCCCUUUUCCCUCUUAAAAAAAGUAAGAAAAAUGUAGAAAGUAGAACCCAAAACUCUGAAUUUAUAUACCUGUAGAAAUGUGAAUGAAAAACUUACAA